GAGGCGUGGGUGGAGUUAAUGUUAUAGAUCCAUGGUGGAGGCAUAGGGACAUAUAUACGUAUAUAUGUCUAUGGGUGGAGGAGCUGGAGGCUGAAGACCGAGCAUCGCUCCCUGAUUUCACCACAAGAGUCGGAGCUGCGAAGGAACUGAAGAGCUACUCCGAGCAUAAUGGAGAGCCAUCCAACCGGAACAGUUUCAGCUGAAGCCAGUAGUCUGAAGAAAACGUUCUCCAAAUCAGAAUUAUGGACACACAAACCUGGAAGCAGUUGGUUGAAAAGAUGAUUGAGCAGGAGGUGCACAAAGCUGUGAAAAACAGCGAGACCCGAAUGCAGGGUUUAGUGGAAACCGUUCAAGAGUUGACUCGUGACGAAAACUUUGAAAAAUCCAUCCAAAAGCUCCAGGCUCGAAUUAACUUGGUCUCCAAGAGAACAGAGAAAGCUCUUUCUUAUUUAAAAAAGAUGGAAGAAAAGAGUCCACUACCUCAGGAUCACACGGACACAGUCAGGGGGGACCUAAAGGAUGAAAAAAUGAAAACCAUGUUACAAACAGAUGAAGAGAGAAUGGAGUGUGAAACCAAGAGUGGAGAGCUCAUCAAAAUGGUGGCAACCACACAAAAUGAGCUGAAAAAGAUCUGCAAAGAUAAUGAAGCUUUGACAGAUGCCAUCACUGAUAUAAGUCACGAGGAGCCUCCACCAAUACUGACUCCAUAUGGUUCUCCCAUGCACACGAAGAACAAUACCAGAAAUCAUCAGGGCCAAGAGCCCACCUCCAGAAAUCAUCAGGACCAAGAGCCCACCCCCAGAAAUCAUCAGGACCAAGAGCCCACCCCCAGAAAUCAUCAUGAAGAAAAAGACCAAGCAGAGAGUUGGAUAACCUAUCCUCCUCUUCCCCCCACAACCUUCCCUUCUGUCCUGAGCAGCACCGCAGUCUCGUACAGCAUCCCUCAAAAGCUAGAGGUGACCCUGUGUCUCAUCAAGAACCCCACUCGACUCUCCGUGCUCUGGAACGUGACGGAGAAAGACCCUUUCACGCCCCCCAUGGAAAGCUACACCAUCUUCCUGACGAUGGAAAAGGCCAAAGGGAGCGGCAUCUUCUCAGACUGGCAUACGUACGACAAGGUGGAAGCGCUGGCUCUGCCCAUGUGUGCACUUAUCAAAAAGUACAAGCCGGGCCACAGGGUGUGUGCCGCGGUUCUUGGAAAAGACAUAUUUGGACGGUACGGACCUUACAGUGACGUCGUAACUAGAACCAUACCGGAGUAGUGGGGAAGAGCGUCUUCAAGUGGGACAAGAGAAGGACAUAUUUAGUUAUAUUUACUCACUUUUGAUUUGUUUGUUUUCAGAAAGAUGCUUUUAUCGAGAAUUUUGAUCUUAAAAUCUUUUCUCUCAUUUUUAAACUUUUUUGUCAAUGUUAAAUAAAAAUUUUUAUAUAAAGAA